AUGCACCCACCGCGGGCCAGACGCAGGAGACGACAUCACUGGGGCCCCCGCAUCCCGUCACCUACGCUUCGCACAUCACUUCUAUUCGACCCUCCCAGUAAGCCACGCGUCUGGCACAUGAAACGCCAGGUCGAUCACUCACGGCUAUGGGCGGUACCUGUACCUGGUUUGGCCGGACCGAGGAUCGAGGCUGACUUCCGACAACAUUCCAUAGCUCAAGCAUCCAUGGUCGUCGAGCGCGAGCUGUCCGGCUGGGAGCUCGCUGGACCUUUGACUCAGGCGCCGAUCACCUCGCUCACACUCCAGACGUCAGACAGCAGUCCGCGCCCCGGAUUCACGUACAGCCUGUCGUUUCCCCUCCCGAAUGCGAUCCGCGUGCUUCUCGUCGGUCCCGAGCGUCCUGCGCCCCCUCACUCCAAUGUGAUUCUCGACGCUGAGCCGCUGCCCUUCACAGCGAAGCAGGUAGACACGUGCAAAGUCGUCAUUGCCUUUCCCACGAAGUCCGACUGUGAUGAUCUCCACGGCGCCGGACGGAAGCGCGAGGCCCGCCUCGACUGGUCCGACUCGCUCCUGCUCUCUGUUUGGGAGGAGCUGGCCGGCGAGUGGGUGCGGCUAUCUGCUGAUCUGCCAUGCCGCUUGUAUGCUCUGACAGAGCACGGCGUGAUGCGGCACUGGCUCCUGCCUCGCUCCAACGUCCAUUUUGGACUGGGCGAGAAGGGUGCGCCGCUCGACCUGUCGGGGCGCUCCUUCAGCAUCAGUGCGACGGACGCAGCAUGCUACGAUGCAUACAACGGCGACCCGCUCUACAAGCAUACCCCCUUCCUGAUCUCUGCCCCGCGCCCCAAGCCCGACCAAGAGAUGCCUUCGACGUACGCCAUCUACCACGCCAGCAACUCAAACGCAGCCUGGGACCUGGGCCGUCUCCACGACGACCCGUGGGGGUACUUCAAGACGUUCACGCAGGACCAUGGCGGGCUCGAGGAGUGGUUGCUCUUCGGCAAGGGCCCGAAGGAGGUCACACGCACGUGGGCGGAAAUCGUGGGCAGACCCCUGUUGGUUGGCCGCGACUGGCUCGGAUACCUCGCCAGCGGCAUGGGUCUUGGCGAGAGCUUCUCCUCGGGGUACACUGUCGGUCCCGAUGGGAAUCGCUACGUCUUCACGAUGAACAAGGAGCGGUACCCCGACUUUGCUGGUCUCGUCGCUGGCCUGCACCGCGCGGGCAUCAAGGUCGUGCCGAAUGUGAAGCCUUCAAACGCCCUGUUCUACGACCCGCACACGAAGAGACCAGUCGUCACUCGGAUCUGGAGUUCGGGCGUCGGCGUCAACGGACGUGGCUCCUGGGUCGACAUGACGUCUGAGGCUGGCCGGAAGUGGUGGGCAGAUGGUGUACGCGGCCUAAUUGAGCUCGGCGUCGAUGGCAUGUGGAACCACGAGCGUGCCGAGCCCACCAACGCGUGGCUUGGCUGGGGCGCUUUCGCAUCAGACGCGAACGUGUAUGAGGACCUCGAAGGUUUCGAUGCCUGGAUUGGAGAGGGCCAGCUGCUCUCUGUCCCCCAGCUGUGGGAAGGUGGUCUCACUCGAGACGUCUACUUCCCACAGGCCGGCGCCACCGACGACAGCCUCUACUUUGACCUGCACCCGCCUCAUCGCACGUUCCGCGCCGGCACGCAUGCAACGAUCGCGACACCCCUCGAGCACAUGGGUCUGUUUGCAAGGGAGGGGGCUGUCAUUCCCGUCGGCAAGAGCUACCACACGGUCACCCAGCGCGAGGGGCCGGGGCGCACGACGCCCGAUGGCAUUGAUGUCGUGCUCGAGGACGAGGGCGGCGUCGUCGGUCUCGACGACUGGCGCGGCGUCGAGCUCUUCCCCGGCUACACAGAGGGCAAGACGUACACGGGCGAGUGGGUAGAGGACGACGGCAUCUCGGCCCCGCCGGUGCGUGCCAGGGUCGAGCUGACCUACACAUCCGGCGCCUCGGGAGCCUCGGUCAAAGUCAAAGCCCGCUGGCUCGAGCACGCCUUCCGCCCAGCGUGGGGGAGCACCCUCGCGGUCCUGCUGCCUGUUGGCGACACGCGCAGGGUUGUCGGAGCCGAGCAGUCCAUUCACGAGGGGCGCACCGCGUUUGCCGUCCGUGUCAGCUAG